AUGUCCCCUCCCGCCGCCGCCUUAGCCCUGCUUGAGAAUGUGGAUUGUUCUGCGUUUCCUCACAAAGGCAUGGUGGGUCAGUCUGAGUGGUCGGAACAUUUCCCCGAGUGCGCUGGUACUUCUCAGUCUCCUGUUGACGUGGUGACCACCCAAACUAAAUAUGACCCCGCCCUGACGCCCCUCACCCCGCUGGGCUACAGUCAGCACGGCAACCGACCAUUCACAUUGUACAAUAAUGGACACACAGCUGUGAUCGAGCUGCCGGACUGGAUGAGCCUCAGUGGGCUUCCCUGGCUGUUCUCAGCCGUACAAAUGCACCUUCACUGGGGCAACGGCGGCCCGAACUCCGGGGGGAGUGAACACACUAUCAACGGCCAAAGUGCAGAGGCAGAGCUGCACGUGGUGCACUACAACUCCGAGCUCUACCCCAACGUGUCCGCUGCUAUGACGCAGAGGGACGGCCUAGCUGUCCUAGGAAUUCUCAUUGUGACAGGUGAGGAGACCAACCCGGGAUUUAACAACAUCAUCAAUUACCUGAGCCGCGUCAGACAUGCAAACCAGAAAGUGUUCAUACCAGCCUUUGACGUGCAGUCGCUACUUCCCGAGGACCUGGGACGCUAUUAUCGCUACAAUGGCUCCCUGACGACACCACCCUGCUACCAGAGCGUUAUCUGGACGCUGUUCCACGAGAGGGUUCAAAUCUCCAAGGCUCAGCUGCUGAAGAUGGAGACCGUAUUGUACUCCAGCAAAGCUACCGAUCCCGACCGGAUGUUGCUGCAGGACAACUACCGCGCCACGCAGCCGCUCAACCACAGGGCCGUCUUUGCCUCCUUCACUGCAGAGUCAGGCAAGGAGCUCACUUCUGGUGAGGUCACCGCCAUCGUGGUAGGCGUAAUGUGCGGAUGCGUAGGCUUGGCCGUCAUCGUCCGCUUCAUCAUUAAGACCAUACGAUUUUUCACUCUCCUCCGCCAUGAAACAGUCGCUGUAAACAGUUCUACCUCUAGCUGGGACGUCCUUACCAAUAACCGGCCAGCUCCGAUGCAAAGGAUGAAAGAGCCCGAGAAAGCAAAAGGGAAACAACAAGAGAUGGCUCUCAAUUGCACUUCUCAAGCAGAGAAGAGAGAAGAGCGUCCGGCUCCACAAGCCAAGCCGUAGUCGGACACAAUCUCACAAUGCAACUCACCCAUUACGGGGAAGAAGAAAAAAAAAAAGUUUUGUAUGGAAUUACAGGAAGGAAAUAAUGUGAAAUAAUGUACAUUGAAUGAUGAUGGCAGACAUUUAUCGAGUUUGCACGCAAAGCACUUAUAUACUGGAUGUCACUUUGGCUGGCUUUUCGGUCCAAUGUGUCGUACGACUGCCAAUGUCUGACGUGCACGAAUUGCUCGUGUAAAAGACUUUGUACAGUAUUUUUUUUCUUUUUGACUCAGCUGUUUUUCACCAUAUCCAUCCUGCCUUCAAGCACACACUGCACUGAAUGAAAUGUGUUCCACGUAUACCCGAUGCGUUACUGUAUUACUUUGCUCAGGGAUUUGAGCAUUGAAGCAAAAUGGCUCCCCUCGGCUGCAGACCAAGUCUAACGAGGUUAAUUCAACAUCAGUGAGCAACGUCUGCGGAGAUGCAGGAUAAGAACCGUCGGCUCGGUCCAGGCGGCUCCUUUAAAUAGAAAUAAAGUGACUGUAUACUGUUACUGCAAGAAAAUGACUUCUGGUGCAAUAUUUCUUCAGUAUUUGUCAGUUGGAAUUUUUAUGUAUUUUCAGU